UCAUAUUUCAUUCUACCGUCAGCAAUCGAGGUGCGCGCCCGACGACGUUGGUGAACUACGUUUGGUAUAAUACAUAUAUAUAUCUCAGUGUUGGUUGCCUCAGUGAAGUUUUCUGUUUUCACGAUGUGUUACAACGGCAAAUGUUUACAUUGUAUCGAGGUGGAGACGGGUUCGCUCAUCUGGGCUAUUCUUAAUGUGAUCCUGACAGGAUUGGCGUGUAUGAUAUGUAUUGGUGUUUCUAUCUACAUAAACGUGAUGGCGCAGGACAUACAUUUCCAGGAACCAAUGAAUGAUUAUACCGUGGUAGCAGUUGGUGUAUCCAACCUUAUAUUAAUGGUAGCGCUUACAUUUAGUGCUAUUGAGUUCAUGUUCACGAUGUUCUUGCUUGUGGGCGUCAUCAAAAAACACGUGGGGUAUGUGAAGGCAUACUUCGUUUAUGGCAUGGUUAAAAUUAUUAUUGGUUCCUUCGGCCUUAUUGGUGUCUUCGUCAAUAUUAGUAGUUGCCCAGCGUUAUUUGUAGUUGUUUUGGUUUAUGUGUUCCACUGUUUGGUACUGCUGAUGGUUCGCAACACUUACUUGAAGUUCAACGAGGGUUCAAUUAUUCAUCAAUUUAUGCACAAGCCCCUUGUUUAAGGCAGAUUUCAUAUUUUUUUUCACCUUUUUAUAUUUUUUAUUAUUUUUUCAACUUAGUAUAAAAUGACUAGUAAUGGAAGAUUUUAAAGUUAUGCUCAUAUAGCCAUGUUUCAACAUCAUUAACAUCUCUGGCAUUAAGUGUCCAUGGGCGGCAUCCUGGGAGCCUUCUGCCUGUUUGCGUCCUGUAUUCUUGAUUCUAUAAAAAAUACGUGAUAGCGUGAGCCGUUUCUUAAAUUUUGAAUUACCCAAUCAAAGCUUUGGUUUUUAUUAUAAGACAUCUAGAAUUAUUGUUAUCUUAACAUUGGUUAUGUAUGAGUGCGUAUGUGAUGUCAUGUCAUCAACUAUUUGCCAUAUAAAUUGUAUUACAUAGUUUGUAUUAAGUUUGGUGUGCUAAUUAUGUGUAUGUGCCUUGUACUGCAUAAACAUAGUAAUAAUACAGAUUUUCCCAGAUUCAGUUUCAGC